AUGUCGAAUAUCCAGACGUCAAAGUUUGUCAAGAGCUUGGCCUCCAACCACCGCAAGGAAAGAGAGAAGGCUCUCGAAUCGCUUAAGCUGUUCAUCUCCAAGUCGAACAGGCUUUCGGAUCUGGAGUAUCAAAAACUAUGGAAGGGGCUUUUCUACACAAUGUGGUUCAGUGACAAGCCUAGGCCCCAACAGAGGCUUGCGAGAGACCUGGGCGAGCUGUUCCUCCUGUUCGAAGACCCUGCCAAGUUUGCGAAGUUCACAGCCGCCUUUUGGCACGUAAUCUGCAGAGAAUGGGUAGAUAUUGACCAGUGGAGAAUUGACAAGUUCUACAUGCUUGUGAGACAGGUUUUGCGGAACUGUUUGGUGAAGGCUGGCGAUUCCGCAUUUUGCGCCGCAUUGGUGGAGGUUCUGAAGGAGGGACCUUUAAAGGAGGAUGAUCGUGUUCCAAAGGCAAUCCCAUACCAUCUGUGUGAUAUCUACCUUGAUGAGCUUGAGAGUGCCAUUUUUCCUGAUCCAGAGGAAGAGGAAGAGAGGAGCGCACUCCUCGAGGGUUGGGAUGUCAAAGCCUUGUUGGACCCUUUUGUGGAGCUCAAGGAGAAGAGUAAACUCAAGACAUUGCGUGAGAUGAUUGCCACAACAGUACUGUCGGAUUCAAGACUGGUGGAAUGGGGGGUUGUUGAGGCUGAGCCUGAAGAGCAGGAAGAGGAAGAGGGCGAGAGCGACGACGAGAGCGACGACGAGUGGGCGGGAUUUGCAUAA